CAACAUGUCAUCGGCUACUGUCCUUGGAGUCGAUGCUUAUCCGAGAUAAUCAUCACAACACCAUCUUCUAUGGGUUACAAGGAGUUGGUGGGGAGAAAAAGUGUUGGAAGUCAUCUCACGCAACCAUUUGAGAGAAAAGGUUUGGUUUGUCUCGUGGAUCAGGAGAACUGCGGACAUCUCAUGGCAUUGAAUAGGCGACGUCUGUUUCUUUUCCCCUUGGGAGCAAGACAUGGUGCAGUUCACCCUUGCUUCGAUCAGUGGUUCCUCUGUCCGUCUCACCUCCACCAUCAGAGGACCGAGAAAGAGCAGACAAGCGGAGGGGAGAGCGCUGGCGACAUGAGCCCCAUAUCUAUCGGUGUGUUGUAACAUGGCAACCACUCCAACGAGGAGUUCUCACACUUGGUAUGAUUAGCUCAACGACGAAGAAUACGUAACGCAUUACGUGGGGUACAAGUUGCAGUGGGACAAAGCUUAUAAGCCAAGAGUAGCGGUGGAGGUGUAUCAACUCCAACCCGUAUGUGUACCACAGGGAGUUAACGAGACCUUCGAGUAGAUGUGGAGUGGGGUGGGUGGGCUGUGGCAGGGGAGGCAAAGGUCACGCACCCUUUCCCAUGUGAAUCCACGCGGUCAUCUCUCCCCACGCACCUUCCCAUUCCGAAAGCUCGUCUUUGGUCCUCCUUUAUUCAUUGGUAAGUAGCGAGGUAGGUCGACUCCGUCGUCAACCCUGUUAGCUUGUGGCAGAUAAUUCUAUCCCCAUCUCCCAUAUUCUCUUCCUGAUUCCCUUCUCGGUUCCUUCAUCGAUUUAUUUCCCUCACGUAUUCUAUUUCCUGCACCAAAGCUUCUCUCUCUCUCUCUCUCUCUCUCUCUGUUGAAGAGGAGGAUACAGCGGGAUACUGGGAGUAGCGGGUUGAGGAGAUAAAAGAAACAAAGCAGAGAUUGGACAGGAGCCGAGGGAUGGAUGUGUGCGACACCAGCCUUGCUCUCGGGCUUGGCGUCGGGGGAAGGAGCACGGCGCCGUCGAGCGGUACGACUCGUCGCAGGCAGGAAGUGCCCUGCUCGCCUCUCAGGAGCUUGAUGGCACAGAAGCAGCCAUCACUGAUGUUAAGCCUUCCUCAUGAUGUCUACAACGGGGAAGCGAACAAGGGGAGCGAGGAGGGGCGGCAAGCGCGGCCGUCGUCUCCUCACAGCACGGUCUCAUCCUUUUCGACUGCCUACACUCCGACGACGAUGAAGAAGGAGAAAGACGACGGCGGCGGCGGCGGCGGCGAGGAAGCAGAUACAGCGAGGGCCGACUCCCGCGGCGGUAGCUACGACGAUAACGACGACGGCAGUCCUAGGAAGAAGCUUAGGCUCACGAAGGAGCAGUCGGCCCUGUUGGAAGACAGGUUCAAGGAGAACAGUACCCUCAAUCCUAAACAGAAGCAUGCUUUGGCCAAGCAAUUGAAUCUGCGGCCACGACAAGUGGAAGUAUGGUUCCAAAAUAGGAGGGCAAGGACCAAGCUCAAGCAGACCGAAGUCGACUGCGAGUUUCUGAAGAGGUGCUGCGAGUCGCUGACCGACGAGAACCGGCGACUGCACAAGGAGCUACAGGAGCUGAAGGCCCUCAAACUCGCGCCGCCGCCGGUCUGCAUGCAGUUCCCGGCGGCCACCCUCACCAUGUGCCCUUCCUGCAAGACCAUAAGAGCCGCCGCCGACGGCCCCAAAGGCGGCGGCGCCGAGCCUUUUGUGGUCGCACCAGCAAAGCAUCACUUCUUCCACCCUUUCAUCCAUUCAGCAUCAUGUUAGCUGGGGAAGACGAACUCCUCCCACCCCCUCUUUUUUAUUAUAUUUUUUUUAAAUUUUUAAUCUAGGGCUUGGGAAUUACACUCGAUACUUAGCAUCACUCGACUGGUUAUGGUCGACGAAGAAGCAAUUGCAUCUGGUACCGCCAAGUAUUAUUGACAGACCGAUUGCUUUAUGUUCCUUACAA